UCUUAUUUUAUUAUUAGCUCUUGAUGUAUGAACAAUAACUGCAUCAUUUACUUAAACAGCGGAGAGUGUUGGCACAAUUGUGAACUAUUGUAGUGGAGUGUUUCUCUCUCUCUCUGUGUGUGUGUGUGUGUGUAGGGGUGGUGGUGGGGGUAUCCAUUUUUAUUGCAUCACCUGUCAGCAUCGUCCAAUGGGCGUCUACUUCGGGGGCAUUAAUUGAUGAAGGUGUCUCCAGACUGGCGCACCUCCCCUCCGUGUCAUUUUAUUUGUGGCUCAACCAGCAGCCAGAAUAGCAGCUGCAUUUUAGCUGUUAUUCCCUUUCUCUCUGUCUCUCUCUCUCUCUCUUUUCUCCCUCCCCUCCACCCUCACAGCUCCCUCCCUCCCUCUUCUCUCUCUUACUCUCCUCUCUCCCUAUUUUAUCCCUCUGGCUGAGGCAGUGGUGUACACCUACCCCUCCGUCCUGCUGCCGACCAGAGGGGAGUGGAGCCGGCUGCAGAGGCAGGUAGCAGAGGAGCAGCCCCCCGGCUUGGUGGACGCAUCCUUGGGUCGGCAUUCCUCCACCAUGCCGGUGCGGGGCAAGAGGCGACGAGUGGAUGCUGUCGGCUCGUUCGACCUAUGAGACACCGGCAGCUCCUUUUAACUCCGCAUGUCAAAGUUUACAUUUUCAUGACGCAGCAGCAGCAGCAGUGUGGAUGGAUUAAAGGUAUGAGCAGGAUGUCUUGAGCUCACGACCCCCAUGCCAUUUACGCGUAAAUCCACAGCAUUACUGAGAGUGACUGUACAUGGAUUAAACACAUUGGAGCUGUUAUAUGAAACAUGGGAGACCUGGAGUAUGGGUUUGAGGAAAUGCAAGGGGUGAGACUGGGAUACCUGCUCAUCCAAGGCAAGCAAAUGUUUGCAUUGUCCCAGGUCUUCACCGACCUGCUGAAGAACAUCCCUCGGACCACGGUGCACAAGCGCAUGGACCACUUGAACGUGAAGAAGCACCACUGCGACCUGGAGGAGCUGCGCAAGCUCAAGGCAAUAAACUCAAUAGCUUUCCACGCCGCGAAGUGCACGCUGAUAUCGCGGGAGGACGUGGAGGCUCUGUACUUCUCCUGCAAGACGGAGCGGGUGUUGAAGUCCAACAAAAGGAGAGCGAAAGCACCGCUUCCCACCGGGGAUGUCGACGAGUCCCCGGGGCUGCUCCGCGCCGACGCCGCCGAGCUGUGGAGGGAGAAAGUUUGGUUCAGUUUGCACGGCGUCCCGGAGACUCUCGCGCUCCACAGCAAGGCGGCCAGGCGAAGAGAGCUGGCUCCCUGCCUUACCGACUCCAAACUACCUCAAUUUUACCACAAAACCCAUGGACGGGAUUUCCGUGCGGCGACUAAGUCCGUUCACAAACACUUUAAAAACUAUGAAACAGCUAAAAUAACAGGGAACUGCGUUACUUUGAGCCAAAGGCACUCGUUUUACCGAAGCGCGGUGAGCCGGCAGCCCGUGGUGCUCCAGUCCGCCAUAGCUGCUCAGUCCAGGCUCUCGCGCUCCGCCGGCGACCUACUUCACAAGAGGAAGAGGAGGCGCGAGGGGGGCGGCGGCAAGGACAGCGCGAGGCACUCGUGGAGCAGGAGCAGGCACGCGCACCACCACGUACCGCCGGUGCUGCUCGUGCAGCCCAAACCAACCGGCAGCCACGGGACCUCUUUCGGUGCUUUCCACCUCGGCCAGGAUUUCUACGUCCACCCCAGACCCCAGCAACAUCACCACCACCAGCAUCACCACCACCACCAGGAGCAGACUUUUCCGGAGAGCUACAGCAGCGACACCGAGUCCAGCACCUACUCGGACCGGGCGUACCCCGACUCGGAUUUUGGGUCGGGCUUCUCCACUACCAGCAACUCCGGGAGCUCGGAGGAGGAAGAAGAAGAGGAUGAGGAUGACACCCAGUCGGAGAGUUCAGAGGUCAGCUCAGAAGAAGAGGGGAGCUCCUCUGAGUCCGACUCCAGCUCGGUUUCGAGCCGGGUCUCGGUGCAGAGCAUCCGGUUCAGACGCGCCCGGGUUGGGUCUCUCGCCAAAAGCGUCACCACUAGUAAAGCACCUUUGGUCCUGCAGCCCACUUUUCACUACAACAACGAUAAGCAGCUCAGGACUCUGGGUCAUGUUGCUCCCUCUCUCACAGGAGACAGCAGACAGGAGAAAAGGCAAAAAUGUGAAUUUAUCUGCAGUGAAUCCAGAAAGGACCUGGGACCCAUACAGCCACCAAAAUUUAACUCAGCUGUGGGCGAAGGCUUCAAAAGGGAAACGGCGUGUGAUGCUGAUCCUGAGGUUGAGCUGCCCUCCUAUUCACCGGGACACACCCGGAGCAAGGCCUUUCACCCCACACGCAGGACACCGGGGUAUCCCAUCAAAUGCCCCCCGGGACUGAGCGCACAGUGUGACCAGGACAUGUUUCCCAAAUGUGCCGAUAAAAGGGAGGCGAAAGUCACCACCUUAAAACUGCCAACCCCACUGAGGAAAAUAAAGACCGAGACAGAGGAGGCCCCUGUGACCGCUUCCCCUCAUUCGGACAGCGGCAGGGCGGUCAGGACACCUCCCUUCAACCUCCACAAUGUGAAAGUUAAAGUGGAGGAAAGCUGUGAUGAAUAUGAAUACCAGAGCCAGGCCUCUGUAGUCAAAUGUAAAGGAGACAAUAAAGCGGAGAGCAGCUAUGGCCUGCAUAUCAGCAGUGCCAUCAUCAAGCAAGGGGACUUUUUCAACAGUGGGAUUAAAGCCACAGAUAAGAGACCUGAUGUGACCCCCAGGUCCCCAUGUGGCCCUCAGGAAUGCAGCAGCACCCAGGACGCACCGUGCGUCGAGGAAGGGGAGCACAGACACAAAACCUGGAAGGCUGCGGUGCUGGGGAACAAGAAGCCCCGAGUUUCCAGGACACAAACAAAACAAAACGUGCCCAGGGUCAACAAGGCUGCCCUCUCUUCUUCUUUUUUCUCCUCCUCUUCAUCCUCUUCUUCUUCAUCAUCAUCAUGCUCCUCUUCCUCUUCUCGUCAGGAGGUGUCCACGGAGGAUUUACCAAGCAGACGCAAACGCAGCAGCAGCGCCAGCACCGCAGCACCGGCCGCAAAAAUGCCUUUCAGCCUGAUGGCGAAUUUCCCCUCCCCGCCGUCGCUGGUUGUUGGCAGCGACGGGGAUUUGUGCCCCGCUUACUCCCUGAACUCGCUGAGGGGCCCCGGGCCUCCCCCUCCGUCCCACCCCGUGUGGAGGUGGCAGCCAGGCGUCCACAUUCUCCCUCCCCCACACACUCAGAGAACGAGGAAAUACUAAGGGUUUAAAAAAAAAAACAAGCAAAACAACAAAAGCCCCCACCACGGUGUCCAUCUCCAACACAAUCGUAGCCAGAGUCUUAACGUGAGCGCACCAGAACUGAUCCAAACUUUUGUCGGUCUGUAUUUUUCAUCCAGCUCCCCCUCAUCCCUUCUUCUUUUUCUCCUGUGAAUGGAUAUACAUUCCUGCUUUGUUUUGAAGUUUGAUGGAGGAAAAACCUACAAGAUCUGCCCCCUCUUGGAGCCUCACGCACACGGGACUGUGAGACACCGCUCGUGGAUUUACGCUUAAAAAAGUUGUUUUUUACAAUAAGCUACCAGCCCUAAGCAAUAUGUUAGGUUCUCAUUGUUGUGUUUACUUGAUUUUUAUUAUAAUUAUUAUUCUCUAAACUCGACUGUUUCUUCUUCGCCUUUCGACUUGUUGGAUUGUAUGAUGCAAGGGUUUCAGUGGUUUGUGCUUUGUCUGAAAAAGAGGGGGAAAGAAAUCCCAGGAUUCUUUGGGAUGAGGCUAAUUUUAGUUAAAGAUGGUGCUGAGUUUGAUUUAAAUCAAAAAACAAAGUCAGGGUUCCAAUUCUGUGCCACUAAAAGCUGUGUUUUCUUUCAUGACUGUCACGCUGUCCAGUUUGGCCACACUGGUGUCCAAGUGUUCAGCCUCAGAGAAUUCUUAUGGAAAAAUAGGUUUUUAUCAAUGUCAAUCUAUACGUUCUCACAGUUAAGCCUUUAUUAGAUUCGACAGGGAUUUAUUCCUGGUGGUUGUGGUUUUUUCCAGAGUGCUUGUGAUCUGGUUUUCAGUCUUGUUUUUUUUAUUUCUGCGCAGUAUUUCCUGGUUUUCCAAACGUGUGUGACGGCGCACAGACGAAGGGCCCAGACACAACACACAGGCCUUAUGUACUCAGACAAUCACAUGAUGAAUGAGGCUCAGACCUUCACAGCGCGACGCACUAGAUUCGUGUCCCCUUCAAGUCCGCUUGGACACCGUUGACGUCUGCGAGUCAUAGCUGUGCCAUGGAUUUGCGUCUCGUUACGCAUUCAGGUGCAGGAAAAUACAUCAGGAAAAAAAUGCACACACACGCGACGUCCAAGAUAGGGUUUCCAUGUGGGAUGUGAAUCAAGAGUCAGCAUGAGGAGGGAAAAAAUAAAUAAACCAGCACCAAAAACGCGUGAAACACCUUCUAUAGCUACACUGGCUACUCAAAAACAAUGUGACAAAGCACAAGUGAUGGGCUUAAAAGCUUUGCACUUUGCUUGGGGGUCUUGAUUCAGCUUUAGUGGUGUCUGACUACAGCAUGGGACAUUAUGUUGGGGAGACUUUGAUAGAAA